AUCAGUGCCGAGGCCGCCGCUCGCCCGGCCCCCAGCUCGGCCGCAGCAGCGAGGAGCGGGCGCGGAAAUCUCGGCGAAAAUGGCUGGGGCAAUUAUAGAAAACAUGAGCACCAAAAAGCUGUGCAUUGUCGGGGGGAUCCUGCUGGUUUUCCAAGUCAUCGCCUUUCUGGUGGGAGGUCUCAUCGCUCCCAGUCCCACUACAGCUGUCCCUUACAUGUCAGUGAAGUGCAUUGAUGUCAGAAAAAAUCACCACAAAACCAAGUGGCUGAUACCCUGGGGACCCAACCACUGCGAGAAGAUCAAAGACUUCGACGAAGCCAUGAGCAGGCAGAUAGAGGCCAAUGAUAUCGUGUUUGCYGUUCACAUUCCCCUUCCUAGCAAGGAGAUGAGCCCCUGGUUCCAGUUCAUGCUCUUCAUCAUGCAGCUGGACAUCGCAUUYAAGAUGGACAACGACCUGAAAGAAAACGCAGAAAUUACCCUGGAUGUGUCCUUAGCGUACCGUGAUGACAUGUUUGAGGAGUGGAAAGAGAUAGCACACGCGAUAGAGCUCAGGAAGCUGAAGUGCACCUUCAGCUCACCGAAGACCCUGGACUCGGAAGGGCGCCACUAUGACUGUGACUUCCUUCCCUUCAUGGAGAUUGGAAGCGUGGCUCACAAGUACUACCUCAUCAACAUCCGCCUGCCCGUGAACGAGAGGAAGGGCAUCAACGUGGGCAUUGGGGAAAUAAAGGACAUCCGCCUCGUGGGUAUCCAUCAAAAUGGAGGCUUCACAAAAGUGUGGUUUGCCAUGAAAACUUUCCUCACCCCCAGCAUCUUAAUUAUCAUGGUGUGGUAUUGGCGACGGAUCACACUGAUGACACGGGCCCCCGUGCUGCUGGAGAAGGUCAUCUUUGCUCUGGGAAUUUCCAUGACGUUCAUCAACAUCCCAGUGGAGUGGUUCUCCAUUGGAUUUGACUGGACUUGGAUGUUACUGUUUGGAGACAUUCGACAAGGCAUUUUCUAUGCCAUGCUCCUGUCGUUUUGGAUCAUCUUCUGCGGAGAGCACAUGAUGGAUCAGAAUGAGCGGAAUCGCCUCUCUGGCUACUGGAAGCAGGUUGGACCCAUCGCUGUUGGCUCCUUCUGCCUCUUCAUCUUUGACAUGUGUGAGAGGGGAGUGCAACUGAAAAACCCCUUCUACAGCAUCUGGACCACCGAGGUGGGCACGGAGCUGGCUAUGGCCUUUAUUAUAGUUGCGGGCAUUUGCCUGUGCCUGUAUUUUCUGUUCCUGUGUUUUAUGGUCUUCCAAGUGUUCAGGAACAUCAGUGGAAAACAGUCCAGCCUGCCGGCUAUGAGCAAGGCUCGUCGUCUCCAUUACGAGGGGUUGAUCUUUAGGUUCAAGUUCUUGAUGCUCAUUACUCUGGCGUGCGCAGCAAUGACCGUCAUCUUCUUCAUCGUGAGUCAGGUCACUGAAGGCCACUGGAAGUGGGGGGACAUAACGAUACAAGUGAACAGCGCCUUCUUCACGGGCAUCUACGGCAUGUGGAACCUGUACGUGUUCGCGCUCAUGUUCCUGUACGCCCCCUCGCACAAGAAUUACGGCGAAGAUCAGUCCAACGGUGACCUGGCCGUGAGCAGCGGCGAGGAGCUCCAGCUCACCACCACCAUCACGCACGUGGACGGGCCCACCRAGGUCUACAAGCUGGCGCGCAAGGAGGCUCAGGAGUAGCGYGGAGGAGAGCUCGGCGAGGCGCCCRCGCGGAGGGUACGCAGGACGACGCAGCAUCCUCCUCGAGGAGAUGUGUCCGAAGUAACUUGCUUUAUCRAGGCCCGGUAUCUAGUGUGUUUUCACGGAGCAGCGACACCGGGCAGAACAUUUGUAAACUCUUUAAUAUGGUGUAGUUCUUUCUGGGGGGAGGGAUACCUGUAUUGUGUUACACUCAAGCACAUAAAGACCUGCUAGAAAAGCAUUAAGGUUGCAAAGUCGCACAUUCAGAAGGUAGGACGUGGCAGAGCUCACAUAGUUUGURUUUGGCUGCCUUGUGCCUGGGCAUACAGUGCAAGCCAUGCAUGGAGCUCAGUUCAUGAGUGAGGAUUCAGUAUUUUGAGUACUUUUUUUUUGGGUGUGUAGCUUUUAAUGUGUUGGGUUUGGGGUAUGGACUAAAGCCUCACUUUUAAAACAUUCAAUUCCAUCAUCUCUUAACCAUAAUGAUCCCAAUUUGUACUCUUUAGUAAAACUCUUUAAUUCCGCAGCAAACCUCUUAUCACUUGAGUGAAGCAUAACUAGGGAAAGGAGUAGAUUGUUUGUAAUAUGUAAGAUUUUAAGUAGAAGAAGAAACAACAUGCUUUUUCAGUAGGUUUUACUGCUGUUUGAUGAAUAUAGGGGAAUGUAAAAACUUGAUGCCUGAGUUCAGUUUCAGAUGCAGGAGAAAUGUGCUGAAUUCCUAGAGGUACAGUUCUCAGAGCCAGCUCCGGCCUGUUUCUCAGCCUCUUUGGCUCUCCUCCUCCUGUUAUCUUCUUCCAUCUUACCUAUUUGUUAUGGCUGCUUCAUUUUAUGCUGCUUUUGUGCCAUGAGGAAGAACAGAAAGAGCCCAGGAGAGGGUCUGUUCUGGGCUCCAAGGCUGUAAGACAGGCAGAGAAUCUGCUGGAGAGCCCUGCUUGUCCUCACACUGCCACGAUGGAGCAUACUUGGUGGUAGAGACGGACGUUUCUGAUGAUUAACAGACUUGAAGAAUUCCCCUCGUCACGCACUAGCAUGAUUCUUUGCUUUCCAGAGGAAAAACAGUGCUAGAAGAUGAGAUCAGCCCCCUUCCUUGAGUAGGUAGAACUGACUCUUGUGAGAUGACCAGCAGUGGAGGAGAAUGGGCGCUAAUUGGGAUGGAGGCUUAAACUGGACUUUGCUGGGGACAAGAUGCCAGUGGAUUUUGAUGGCUUUGGGCUCAAACCGAAAGGGCCCAUCCUGCUCAGGACAUUCUCCUGGGACCUAGAGAAGAGCCUGACAAUCCAGAGGGCCUCAUUACCUGAUACCAGACCAGGUCUGAUCUGUGUCUGUUUCUUGGUAGCUCUGUGUCUCGCACCCUCCCAAGUCCAGUUUGCUCCCUGGAAGAUACGAGAGGCCCAAGAGCACCGCAGCUUCCAGAGCUCCCGGCACUUCUCAGAGAUACCACUGAGUACCACACCUACUCAAAUAGGGGACACUCUGUCCUGGGAUUCUGCAGUCCUCUGGAAUUACACACAAACUGUUCAGUGUAUGAAGGCUGCAAAACCAAGGCAUAACUAGGAAGCAGUGUAAUUGAUAUGAUCCGUGUAGCCUAGUUCAUCUCUAGCCAAUGUAUGCGUUAAGACAGACGAUUAAAGAUUGUUGAGCGCUAUUUUUACAAUAAGUUCUGGUUUAUAUGUGUGUUUUGGGCUCUGGGCAGGAGGUGAGGCUGUGAAGCUGGCAAUCCUGUCCCUACCCGUGUCUCCCCCGGGACGCGUUGGGUCACACUUGAGGAAUGUUGGAUGCAACACUCCAGAUGAAGUCACUGCUCGUAUGCUGCUAUCUUAUCUGGACAUGACGAAAUCACUGUGGCGCCAAACAGUGCUACAUGCUACUUAAAAAGAAAAGUAGCUUUGGAUGAUUUUGAAUACUUGAACCGGAACAGUAAACAUUUUGGGUAAGUUGAUCUUUUUCUAAAAUGGGACGAUAAUGCCCCUGUAAUCAAUGGAUAGCUUAUUAAAAAUAGGAGGAAAAAAAGAAAAAAAAAA